AUGGGUAUCCAUUUCUACGACACAAGCCCCAGUGGCCCAGCCGAGCAACAGGGGAGACUAGGACCCGCAAGGGCGCUGAUUUCUGCCCAAAUUCCCAAUGUUGUUUGGGCAGAAGAUGCGCUUUCCAUUGUCCACCGGGUCCCCACCGGGCUGUUCGAUCUCCAGAUCAUUGUGCCGGACGACAAAGUUCACGUCGCCGCACAAAAAAUCUGCCGGCGACUCCCCUAUUCAAUCAUUGAUUGUCCUCAAGACGAUAGGUGGCGCGACUAUAAGCUUUUUAACCAGGAGCGUCCUCCAGCAUUCAAAUUCGGGGACACGUCUCUACUGCUAAAUAACAGCGAGGCGAAGGGCCAUGAACCUGACCGAGUCUUGGUGCACGCCGCAUCGACCUUCCACUUUGAUCUUACAGACCCAUCGCGCACCUGUCUGAACCUAGAACCCCCAGACGUGGAGUCCUCCCCCAUUCGCUAUCCUACGCUCGCCGCGUUCUUCGACGCCAUCAUUGACACGCUUUUCGAACCACCCCUCGGUCACAUCCACCAAAAAUUUCGCUCUCACCUGAUGAACUUCCACAGCUAUUUGCUCCUCUACAGCGUCGGCAAGGAAGGCGUUUUGACCCAUGACGAUCCGAUAACUGAGGAAAGAUUCCCCGUUCCCGACUGCAUGCGCCUUCUGCAAGAGGUCAAGUAUGAGAACCGUCCAUUCAUGAUUCGCCGCAUCCUUCGAUCUCAAGUUCUGAAUUUCCAUGAUGGCUUCGUUGAGCGUCAGGACCUAAAAGCUGAGAGACUUGCAAAAUUGGGACGGAAAUACGUCCCUCCGCCGAUGCCUUACUGCCCGCUAUACCGGCAGAAGGGCAUCUCUGAGCCAUCGAACGAGCCUCGCCUUACUCCGUGA